CAGCUGGUUAGGUUAGAUGCUAGGAUAUGGAAAAUGGGGUUUUUUGCAAUGGUGUGGUCCAUAUGGAAAAGUAGAAAUGAAAUUGUGUUUCAAGGCAAAAAGUGGAAUAAGGACCAGGUUUUGGAGCUAGCUAGGAUUAGGGUGGCAUAUUGGGCAAAUGCCAAAUGGCCAAAAGAUUACCCCUACGUGCUUGAUGUAUAUAGACAGCCCCCAGCCAAAAGCAAGGAUACCAAGAAGAACAAAGAAAGGAAAUGAAUGCAAUGGGAAAAACCCUCUCAAGGGCAUUUAAAGUUUAACGUCGAUGGAGCAGCUAGAGGAUGUCCUGGGCCUACUGGGAUAUGAGGGAUUUUGAGGGAUCACACGGGGGCAGUUAAAAUUAUUUUCUCCAAAGCUAUAGGCGAGGCUGAUUCCAAUUUCGCAGAGAUGAUGGCAGUGAGGGAAGCGUUCUUGAUUUUCUCAUCAUCAAUAUGGAAGGAUAAUCAUAAACUUCUCAUUGAUAGUGAUUCGAGUAAUGUGGUUAAGUGGACGAUCCAUCCGGAUAUGGCCCCGUGGAGGAUGAGAAAAGUGGUUCUACAAUUGGAGAGAUUGAAGGAGGAAUUGGAGGGUUGGGAGAUUCGACAUGUCAGAAGAGAAGCUAACCAGAGAGCUGAUGCUUUAGCAAAGCAGGGUGCUUAUCUUCAAUAUGACAUCUUGAGAAUCUUCACUCAUGGAUUUGCAGUGGAGUGGAGGAAACUUAGAGGGCGGUAAGAGAAAGGAAGAGCCUUUGGUGUUUUGCUGGCUCAGUUUGUUUGAGCUGUGGAGUUUUUUGACACCAUCAACUAAGAAGGUUGAAAUUUUUAAUUUUCUGAGUAGGGAUUGUCUGUGGAAUGCAUGGUAAAAAUUAUAUGAAUGAAUAAUGAGUCUUUGUGCAUGGAGAGGAAUAGAUAAUAAUUUAAUCAAAUAUUUCAUUCAUAAUUAUUCUUUUGUUGAUUGCUUCGAUACUUUGAUCGCCCGCUACAACAACGAGGAUGCUCCCUUACUUGCCUUCAAUAAGGACCAACAGUAAUUUCUCCUCU